UACCCAAACUCCCUAUAUUUUCUCACAAACACACACACACUCACUAUAGUUCUUCUGUACACUCUUGUCAAUGACACAAAAAAGAGAAAACAUAGUAAUGUUUCCAUUAAUGGCACAAGGCCAUUUCAUCCCAUUUUUAGCAUUAGCUCUCAAACUAGAGCAAGAAAAAGGUUAUUCCAUAACCUUUAUCACCACCUCUCUCAAUAUCAAGAAACUCCGACCAUCUAUUCCACCACACUCCUUCAUUCGUCUCCUCAAAAUCCCUUAUGAUAGCACAUCCCACGGCCUCCCUCCCGACACUUAAUCCACCGAGAAUCUGCCACUUCCGCUCUUCAUCCGAUUCCUCGAAUCCACUCCCUCUCUCAAACCAGCCUUCACUAAAAUCAUGUCCAAUCUUUUUCUUGAAGAAAAUUGCUCUAGGCCACCACUUUGUGUCAUUUCAGACAUGUUCUUUUCAUGGACAGCUAAAAUUGCUCAUACAUUUGGAAUUUUUCAUGUUAUAUUCAAUGCUGGUGGAUGUUUUGGUAUGGGGGCUUAUCACUCAACUUGGAUAAAUCUUCCUCAUGUAGGAAAAAAAUCAGAUGAUGAAUAUUUUCUUCCUGGUUUCAAAAACUGUAAGCUUCUUGUUAAAGAACUGACUGAAGAUAUCAGAGUCAUUACAGGACCUGUGCCAUUUCCUCAGACCAUGUUUCAAGAAUGGCUAGAGACUGAUGGAAUGUUUUUUAACACAGUGGAGGAGAUGGAUUUGAUGGGGUUGGAUUAUUAUAAAAAGCAAUUCCCUUGUCCAAUAUGGACAAUAGGACCAAUUGUUUCAUCAUUUGGUAGCAAAGCAAGAGCUGGAAAAUCAUCAGAAGAUAUUUCAAAGAUUUGCAUAAAUUAUCUUGACUCCAAGUCUCCAAAUUCAGUUCUUUAUGUAGCAUUUGGUUCUCAAUGUACAAUAACAGAGUCACAAACAGAGAACUUAGUCAGAGCACUUGAAUCUAGUGGGAUAAAUUUCAUAUGGAUAAAAAGGAACUCAUCAAAAAUUAAUCAAGAAAAUGAGUGGUUACCAAGAAUUCAAUAUAGUAAAAAAGGACUUGUAGUCCAACAAUGGGCACCACAAAUGGAGAUUUUGUCACAUAAAUCAAUUGGCGGCUUUUUGAGUCAUUGUCGAUGGAAUUCAGUAAUGGAAGCUCUUACGAAUGGAGUUCCAAUUCUUGGAUGGCCAAUGGGAGCAGAGCAGUCUUUUAAUGCAAAGAUGUUAGAGGAAGAGCUUAAAGUUUGUGUUAGAAUAAUGGCUAGUGGAGUAGUAAUUAGCUCUGAUAUAAAGCAUGAGGAGAUAGUGAAGAAAAUUGAGAUUCUUAUGAAGGAAACACAAGGAAAGGAGAUGAGAAAGAGAGCAUUAAUGGUGAAAGAGAUGAUUCAUAGUGCUUCUAUUACUACUAAAGAAGGUUUAAAGGGUUCUUCAGUUAUAGCCAUGGAUGAGUUUCUUAAUGCUGCAUUUUGUAUGAGGAAGAACAUUUUUGGAUCACCAGAAAAACCGUUACAUGCAUUAAUAGUAUAAAGUUUUUUAAAAAAAA